GUACCGGUACCGUCACACCAACAUGAAGUUCUGAGUCUUUACAGCUUUGCAGGCCAUAAACGGAUGAAGCAAACUCACUUGAAGGCACCAAAGAAACAUUGACCAUGGCGGCGACGGCAAUCACUACUCCUGCUGAACCUCGCAGCAGGACGAUUCUUCUGCUGGUUCAUCAAGUGGAAGAUGUGGCACCAGUGGCGGCUCUGUGUGCCUUGCUGGGCGAUCUGUAUCGUCAUCGAACGCUGUUUGCCCACGAACCCAUGCCAGUGCUACGAGUUGUCGUGACUCCCUCGUUGCAACAUCAUUUUGCCUGCAAUGGCCGAAUUGUCUCUUGGAGAGCUCAUGAGUCUGUUUCCAAUGGCAGUAGUUUUCGAUGGGCUACCCACGUGGGUGCUCCCGAUUCUGUGUGGCCUCUCCACGAUGCUCCAACAGCAAAUGACACCAGUUGGUUGGUUCUUAGACAAUGA